GGUGAAACGCUUGUCAGUUUAGAAAAACCCUCCUCUUUGAAAACACUGAGAUCCUUCUUUUUUUGGUUCUCCUCUCUUUAAGAGAAACCUAAGGUUGAGUAGAGAUUAGGCGAAUCAAUUCUCGAUCCCCAAAUUUCGAAACUUGUUCUUAGGGCUUUGCUCUCGAUUCCUCUCUUCGAUCGUUGGCGAUUUGAUUUCUAUCUAUCGGUGAUCGGAUUUUUUCAGAGUCUUCUCCGUCUCGUCGUUGCCGGCGUCUGAUCGGAUCAUCGUUUUGUUCAGGCGAAAUAUGGUGGUGAUUUCCCUGAAGAUUUUGAAUUCGAAAUUUCUCAGAUUGCUUCCGCUUGACUUUAUCGCGAUUUCGAUUACGUGUAGACUUUCUUCUUGGCUUUGUCUUCGAAUCCUAUAAUUAACCAUUUAGGAGUUUUCGUUUUGUGUUUUGAUGGUCUUGUGAAUAAUCGUGUCUGGUGUAUAUAAAGACUGGUGAUUAUUAGGGUUUGGGACGAGAGUAGAUUGCUUUGGGAUCUCUAGAUCUUUGACUGAGGAAUAUGUAUAUCGAAGAACUGACAGAAAGGGAAGAGGAGGAGAAGGGGGAGAGAUCGGUUGAGGAUCACGUUGCUGAUGGAGAUAAGGCGAUUUUGGUUAGCAGAGGAAACGUGAUUGUGUUGACUACAAAGAGGGCACUCGUUGGUGUUGGUGCUCGUGCCUUGUUUUAUCCUACUCUGAUUUACAACGUUGUUAGGAAUAAGCUCGAGACUGAGUUUCGCUGGUGGGAUCGAGUUGCUGAGUUUAUAUUACUGGGAGCUGUUCCAUUCCCAUCUGAUGUUCCACAGCUGAAAGAGCUCGGUGUUUGUGGAGUGAUCACUCUGAAUGAGCCAUAUGAAACUUUGGUUCCAUCGUCUCUCUACAAAUCUUACUGCAUUGACCACCUGGUGAUUGCCACAAGGGAUUAUUGUUUUGCUCCUUCCAUGGAAGCAAUAUGCCAAGCUGUAGAAUUUAUCCAUAGAAAUGCUUCGCUUGGAAAGACGACUUAUGUUCACUGCAAAGCGGGUCGGGGUCGCAGCACAACUAUUGUCAUAUGCUACUUGGUUCAACACAAAAACAUGACACCUGAAGCAGCAUAUGCCUACGUGAGGUCAAUCAGGCCCAGGGUUCUAUUAGCAGCCGCCCAAUGGAAGGCCGUUGUUGAGUACUACCAUGUCAAGGUGCUGAAUACUCAGAGCUGCUUAACUGAUACAACUUCAGCUUUGAUCCCGAGAAAUGUGAAGCAGGUUUGUUCUGGGAAUGUAGUGGUGUUUGAUGAUGGGUCAAUGGUGGUAGUCACCCACUCGGAUCUAGAGGGCUAUGAUGAUGAUGACUCACGGAGGUCAGUGAAAGUUACUGGGAAUGAGCUAUGGGCGGCAGCUGCAGAUCUGAGCAUGGUGUACCGGGUGAAAGUGGUGGGGCAGGCUGCGAUGGCGAGGAUCUCGUGUCUGUGGCUGGGCUUGCGUGAGGACCACAAACUUUCUGGGAAAAAUCUUUCCAUGGGAGGCAUAAGCGUUGACAUUUCGGUCUACUGAUGAUGAUGGCGAAGAAUGAAUGCAGGUGAGUCUGCUGGCGAGUGAGUGAAUAUGCCUUAUUCACUGUUUCUCCCCAGUAAAAAAAAAAGUCUAUAAAUAAAAGUGUCAAAUUAGGUAUAGAAGCAAGGGUUUGUAAAUUUGAAAAAAAAAAAAAACAACUUGGUUUUGUCGUCUGGGUAUUGUAAUUAAAUACUACCUUGUCCCUCAUUUGCCUUUGAUGAGGAUAAACGUGAAUUAGUCUCCUUAAGAAUCUAAAUUUCAAGUUUAAUCUUA